GGGAUAGUACUCGUAACUCGCGAAGGCGAUAGGAGGGUGCGCAUGCGCGGCUGGUGGCGAGCCGAGCCGGCACCCGGCAGAUCGGGCGCGCCUCACGUCUAUAUAGACACUCACGGGGGCCGCGUCGUCUCCAUGCCCUCACCCUCGCGCACUCCCAUUCCCAUCCUCCACAUCCCGCGCCAUCGACCUCCUCUCCCCGGGACCGCGUCGCUCGCGCGUUGCCUCCACCUCCAGUAGCAAGUAUCAAUGGCGGACUCCGGCAAGAAGCGGGACGGGUCGGCCAACGGCGCCGAGAAGAAGGCGUCGCCGACGCCGAAGCCGCCGUCCUCCUCCACAUCCGGUUUCUCCAAGAAUGUCCCCCUCCUCGUGUUUGUGUUAUUGCUGGGGCUGCUGUACCGGCAGCUUCAGCCUCCGGUUCCGAAAAUCUGUGGAACUCCGGGAGGCCCUCCGGUGACCGGGCCAAGAUUGCAGCUCAAGGAUGGGAGGCACCUGGCCUACCACGAGUACGGCGUCCCUAAGGAUCAGGCCAAGCACAAGAUCAUCUUCGUCCAUGGCUUCGACUCCUGCAGAUACGACGCCCUCCAAGUGUCACCUGAGCUCGCAGAAGAGCUGGGUGUCUACAUGGUCUCGUUCGAUCGUCCUGGGUAUGGAGAGAGCGACCCACACCCCGGUAGAACGGAGGACAGCAUUGCGUUCGACAUCGAAGGGCUCGCCGACGGGCUGCAGCUCGGCCCCAAGUUCUACCUCAUCGGCUACUCCAUGGGCGGGGAAAUCAUGUGGAGCUGCCUCAAAAACAUCCCUCACAGGCUCGCGGGGGUGUCAAUCCUGGGGCCGGUGGGGAACUACUGGUGGUCGGGUUACCCGUCGAACGUGUCGACGGAGGCGUGGUACGUGCAGCUCCCGCAGGACCAGUGGGCCGUCCGCGUGGCGCACCACGCCCCCUGGCUCGCCUACUGGUGGAACACCCAGAAGCUCUUCCCGGCCUCCAGCGUCAUCUCCUUCAACCCCGCCAUCCUCUCCCGGGAAGACUUGACCGUCAUCCCCAAGUUCGCCUACCGCACCUACGCCGGGCAGGUGAGGCAGCAGGGGGAGCACGAGAGCCUGCACCGGGACAUGCUGGUGGGGUUCGGGAAGUGGGGGUGGAGCCCGCUGGAGAUGGAGAACCCGUUCCCGGCGGGCGAGGCGGCGGUGCACCUGUGGCACGGCGCGGAGGACCUCAUCGUGCCCGUGCAGCUGUCGCGGCACAUCGCGCAGCGGCUGCCGUGGGUGCGGUACCACGAGCUGCCCACGGCGGGCCACCUGUUCCCCAUCACCGAAGGGAUGCCGGACCUCAUCGUCAGGUCGAUGCUGCUCACCGACGAGUGAGAUCACCGACCGACCGACCGAGACGCGCAUCUCUCUGUUUUUUUUGGUUUUUGGAAUUUUGGGUACUGUCACGUACCGACGUACGGUGGUACGCGUAGUUGCUUGCUCCUAUUAUCCUAUCCUAUAUAGAGAAAUGACAAUAAUAUUUUGCGGAGUCAUUUUGCCUCGUUUCAUCUA